UUAUUGGAUCUGAAUUUAACAUCACCUUUUUAGAGAAGAGUCUUUGCGGAUUGACGACCUUAUAGCAACAAUUAGAAAAAUACAAGGAGUACAGGUGUCUAGUCUUGAAAGAUUGACGGAGGUAUUGAGUAAAAUGGAUGCUGAUAGAGACGGUAUCGUCCGAGUAGAUGUUCUUCUCAAGAUGUUGGAAUUAGUGGGAAAUGAGAAGGUGAAGUUGAAUAAGAAGCAGGUCGAUGAGUUGAUCGAACUUAUCGAUAAGGAAGAGGCGAUUGAAAUGGAUGAGUCGAUCUACAGGGCGUUAAAGAAAGGGAGCGAAGACGAGUGCAAGGAUCCGCCCAGUCCUUUAUCACCCCACAGCACGACGGUGGGGCCUACUUCAGGCAGUAAACAAUCAGCUAAUUUGGCCCAUCCUAUAGCAGCAUCAGAUGCAAAUAACUGUAAAAAAUCAUUGUCUGAACCUAACAAUAUGUCCAAAGAUGGCUUACGAUAGUAUAAUAGUAAAUUAGGUGUAAUGUUUAUGUACAAUGCAAUUUGUGGCAUCUGCCUUGAUUUGUCACGACGCCAGUCAAAACAAAACACAUUAACUUUAAAAAAGAAUUGUAGGUAUUGUAUUAUAGUCUCUCAUUUUUUUUUUUUUUUUAAUUUUAUUCUUCAUAUUUUUAAUUCAACUUUCAGUUUUAUGCUAUUUUAUUGUUUAUAGUUUUGAUGAGCGUACAUAUUGUGAAUACAGAAACUUAUUUUCCUUGUUGACAAAAUUUAUUUAUUUAUUGCAAAAAGUUCUGUGAUAAAUGUUAGAAAAGAAAGUUGAUAUUGUUUUUACCAUUUAUAGUAUAUUAUAAAGUAGUAUAGCUAAAACGUACGCUGGUUUUACAAACUGUGAGGCUUUCCCACCCCCCUCUGUUAACUAUGUAAAUGUUUUCAAGAAAUAAUAAAAAGAAAGUUAUUUAUUAUUAA